UAGCGUUUAGCGUUUCCUUUCUGUUAGCAACGGUGUAGAUUGCAAGAAGUUCUUCGCGAGGAUACAUUUGAGCACAUCAGAACAAAGGGACUACACACAUAUAAAGCACGUGAAGACCUGAAGAUGAUAUUGACAGAAUGAGUCGGCAAAUUAAGAAAAGGCCUCCCAGAUGAUGGAUUUCAUCUUUCGUCUGUGAAGCUUUCCAUUGCCAUCGAAGCGUUACACCCCUUCUCCUGCACCAGGGCCCCAACAGAGCCCCCUACUUGGUGGGCUCCCAGGGAGCUCUUUACUGAUCGGACAGCAAGCCGCAUGCUUGUGGCUAGCUCAGCUCAAAGCCCACCUUGCGUUGACACAGAUAAAUAACGCUAUUGCUCUUGGUGGCCGAACCAACACACGCGCCCCAUUUAUACCCACAACACCCCCCUGCACAACAGCUGCAGCCAUCAGUCUACUAAACCUUCUGAAGGUUGCUAACACCAUGUCCCAUCCCUUAUAUAACCCCUAUGCCUCUGGGAAUCAAAGUUCAGCCCAGGGGCGCUAUGGACAGUCCAGUAUGCAGGCAGAGAGAGACUCUCAUAAGACAUCUCCUCAUCUUGGGCCUGGGUCCAGCUUUAGCUCUUCUGGAGUUUCAUCUGCGACUCCUGCAAAAUCUGGAGGGAUAAUCCCGUCACUGCAAACUAUGCCAAUGAGCUACAGGCCAGAAGGGAGUAAGACUUCAAUGGAAGAGGACAUAAAGAGGUCCAUAGACAUGCAUAUAAGCAGAGCCAGAGAGGAGGUGAGGAAUCAGCCUGUAAACAAGAGCAGUCAUUUUACCAGCACUCAAAGAGAUGAGUGUCAUUCUUCAAGCAAAGAUGUGGCUUCCUACGUGUUGUCCUCAACCUCUCAAAGACCCCCUGAUGUUGCAAGUAGCACUAGCUCCAUGGACUGGUUGCGAAGCUACAAACGGGAAACUGAGGAUGAUUCGUCUAAAUACUGUUCAUCAUCUGCUUCAUUGAGCUAUCAAAGCACUGGUGACGGUAGGUUUAAUGCCUCGAAUGAAAGAGAGCGCAAUGUGCAAUCCAUUCCAGGCUUAGGUGAUUAUGACUACCCAGUGCCAGACAAACCUGUGGGCUCUGCAGAGUCUACUUGUCCCAAGUACACUUCGGAAACAGCUGUGAACAUCCUUAUGCACUUUGGACUUGAAAAAGAGGACCUGGAACAUCUGAUCUCAUACCCCGAAGAUCAGAUCACUCCUGACAACCUGCCUUUUAUCUUACGACAAAUCCGCAUGGAAAAGGCAAAGAGAUCUACAAUGGCAGGUCCAUCAAAAUCCUACUAUGAUCCUCAUUCCACCACAAGUACGAGUGGAAGGGAAAGGUUGAGUACUUCAAGAGGGGAAGGGAUGUGUCAGGAUGAAUUGUCACCUAUUGUCCAACCAAGUAAAGUGAUUGAUUAUGGACAUACUGGCAAAUAUACUGGGAGCUUUGGGGAUGAGAUUGGAAGGAGCAGCGGUAGAGCUGGAAGUACGCUGCUGAUGGGCUCCUACGAUAGUAGUGGUCUCAGUCGAGAACCACUGCAAAAAAGUAUGACAGAGGUGAAAAACAGCACCUUGGUUUUUUCCUGUGAUCAAGGCAGCUCUUUUACCAGUCAUGGCUCAAUGCGAAGCAGCGGUCCAGCUCAACAACUGCCCACACAACCAAACCAGCCUUCUCAAGAAAUCUUCAAAGGUUUCUCUCUGCCCAAGACAGACACAGACAUAAGACCUCUUAAAGCAGAAGUCACUAAAGCCCUUCCUUUGAAAGAUCCAGAGCCAGAUCGCCAGUCAGCAUCAAAAAGCCAACUAACUCCUAAUAUAGUUCGUAGUGUGCAUCCAAGCCGACCUGGCCUUGUACUCAUUGGCAGCAGCAGCAGCGACAGUCACAUCAAAGAAAAGAGCAAGACUCACGGGCAAGUACCAAAUGUUUCUGAGCAGAUGAACAAACAGCAAAUGCAGCAGAAGCAGAUACAACAGCAACAGGUGAAACAGACAAUGCAACAACCACCACCAAAGCAUCAGAUGCAGCAACAGUUGAAGCAACAGCAGACGCAACAGCAACAAAUGAAGCAGCAGCAGACGGAACAACAACAACUGAAGCAGCAACAGACGCAGCAGCAGACGCAACAACAACAACUGAAGCAGCAACAGACGCAGCAGCAGACGCAACAACAACAACUGAAGCAGCAGCAGACGCAGCAGCAGAUGCAACAACAACAACUGAAGCAGCAGCAGACGCAGCAGCAGAUGCAACAACAACAAUUGAAGCAGCAGCAGACGCAACAACAACAACUGAAGCAGCAGCAGACGCAACAGCAGCAACUGAAGCAGCAGCAGACGCCCCAGGUACCUAACCUGCCGAUCGGGUUGCAGCAGAUGCAGAAUCAGCCAGCUGUGCAUAUGGGACAAGUUUUGCAGUCUCAAGUUUUUUCGGCUGCAAAGCCAGUUCCACAGCCAUCCCUCAUGCCAGGGCUCACGAUGCCCGUUCCUCCGGGUCUCUCUCCGCUAAUGCAGAACCUCAUGAAUUUCAUUCAUGUACCGCAGCCCGCUUCCACCAAGCAGCUUCCAGCAAAGGUAGAAGUGACAAGGAAUAUCCCAGUGCUGGCCCAGAUGCAAGACUACACUGCCGCUUCACCUAGAGUCUUUCCUCAUACCUGCUCUCUAUGUAACAAGGAAUGUAAUCAGAUGAAGGAUUGGAUCUCCCACCAGUAUACCAGCCUUCACAUUGAGAACUGCAAACUUCUGCGAAAGCGAUACCCAGAAUGGAACGGUGAAAUAGCAUCACUGCUAGGUGCAUCAGGUACCAAGCCCUCUCCCUCAACUUCUGCUGAGACUUCCCAGAAGAAAACCAGACAUGAGAGUCGUUCCCGUUCCCGCAGCCCCCGGAGCCAUCGUGACUCAGAGCGUAGCAGGGACAGGCGAAGUAGCCGUUCCCACUCUCGUAGCCCCCGCUCUCAUCGUGAGUCGGAGCGAAGAAGAAAUAGACGAAGUAGCCGUUCCCGCUCCCGCAGCCGUCGUGACUCUGAGCGUAGCAGGGACAAACGAAGUAGCCGUUCCCGCUCCGGCAGCCCACGUCGCCGCCGUGACUUGGAGCGUAGGAGGGACAGACGAAGUAGUCACUCCCGGUCUCGAUCACGCAGCCCCCGAAGGGAGAGACGCAGAAGCCGAUCACGAUCUCCGUACAGCGCCAGAUGUAAUCGCAGGUCCCGGUCUCAUUCUGACUCCUCAUGGUAUGACCGUCCUUCCUCUUCACGAUAUCGAUCACGCUCACGGGGCCGCGAGAGACGAUCCUCGCCGAGAAGAAGACAUGAGAAACGUUCAUCACCGAGGAGAAGCUGGGAGAGGCGAUCCUCGACUGAGAGGUCAUCUCCUAGGCGAAAGAAGUUGAGCAGCUCGAAGAUCUUGGCAAAGAAACUGCUGGAAACACCAGCUCUCCAGUCCUUAUCAAAACAGUCUGACCUGGAGACUGUCGUCAAAACUUUGGCUCCUGCCCUGCUGGCUGAGCUAGCCAAGAUGGAGUCGUCCCCAUCAACAUCAUCAUCAUCGUCCUCACGUUCUGCAUCUCCAGAAUCAACUAAAGGGAGGCCUAGCACAGAGAAGACAAAGGCUGGUAAAUCUUCCCCUCCGACCAUGGUGAGGCUACAAGGGAUUGUCAGUAGUCUCUCUCACAGUGAAGUGAUUUCUGCUGUGGAGAAAUUUGGAAAAACUAAGUCAGUUGUUUUGUUUAGGUCAAAAUUACAGGCAGUUGUGUGUUUCGAGAACCAGGAAGAUGCUGAGAAACUGAAGAGCUUGAAGAACUUAGACAUAAAAGAAGUAACUGUCAGUGUUGUUGGUGAAAAGGAAAUUGCAUCCAAGAAAACCACAAAAAGUAAACUGGAAACUACAGCAAAAGUCUCGGUUUCCAAAGCGAAAAACAUCUCAGCUGAGCAGAAAGCUAAAACUGUAAAAACAGGUGAUAAGGCUGAAGAAGCAGCUUCAAGCCUCGAAAAAUCUAAGAGGAAAUCUACGAAGAGUCCCGAAAAGCAGCCUAACACCAGUGAUUUGAAACGAAAACCUAAACCCAAAGGGUCUCAAACCUGUGCUAAAGAAGCUGUGGUGGUACCUAAAAAUACACCCAAUACUACAAAGGCUGUUGAACCAAUUAAAGGUGCUGCAGUUGACGGUGAGCCAAAAGUCUUGACUUCCAAAGGAGAAAUGGCCUCAACCACGCAGAAAUCUAAAACAGCAGGAACCGUGAAAAAAGAAAAAGUGGAUCCAUCUAAAUCAACAACGUCAGAGAAUAUAUCGCCACCAAAACCUAUGGAUCCACCUCAGAUACCACAAACUGUCAUCAAAAGUCCAGAAGAUUCACUCAAAGCUUCAGAACAGACCGAGCAAAGUUCAGAUUCUGCUGUACAAGAAGAAACACAACAGCAGACUGCAGGAAAAUCACCUGAGAUUUCUGUGGAGGCAAAGCAGACAGUUGAAAGUGUAGAAACGGUCACAAAGGACAAAGACUCUGUGACUGCAAAGAAGCCGGCCGCUGUUACCCAACCGACAUUUGGGGAGCGGAUACAAGAGCAACUGCGUCCAGAAAGAAUCCGUUGUCUCAAGACAGUCAAACUUCCCAAUUCAAAGCUUGUUUCGCUUGAUUACAAGGUGCUGUUAAUAAGCAACCUGCCAGAGUAUCACGAUGGCUGUUACGCAGAGGAGGACAUCGCCAGUCUGCUCGCUCGACACAGAUUUGAAUAUUACGACGACACGAUCUAUGUUAUACCACAGGCCCGCAUGGGUUUUGCCCUCAUGCCGACAGCAGUGGCAGCUAAAAACAUCGUGCUAGCAUCAGAAAAACAUGAUUUUAUUCUCAAUGGGUCUAAACUUCGACUGCAGGUUGAGAAGGGCGACAUUUUAAUGACACCGCUUGAGUUUUAUAAGUCUCUGAUGAAACGGCUAUGUUAUCAAGUGACUGACAAUGGAGCAAGAACAAUCUACAUCAGGAACAUCUCACCAGGCGAGUCCCGGGAUCUCAGAGAAGCUUUGAAAAAAAUGGAUUUUGUAAGAAACUACCUGCCUCUUCUCAACAAGGUGUUUAUCGAAUUUGAGUCUCUUCGUGAUGCUGAUCGCCUUGGCAUUUGGUACAGCCUUCUAAAACGGGCCACCGGCCACAAAUUAUCAAGGCUGGAAAUACCACACAGUGGAUGUACCUCACUGCCACCAAGAUUGCCAGACAAAGCUUUGCCAGACAGCGAGGUUGCUGUUGACGGGGCAACUGUCCCAACAGAAGAUAUUACCAUCCCACAACGCAGCACUUCACCAUAUUGGAUCACAAUGACAACUAGUCCCUUUGUUUUCCCCACUGUCUCUCCUUGGUUCACAAUCCCAGAGUAUUUAACUGUCAGUGAACCUGAUGACAUUGAGAAAGCCCAAUCUCAAGGUUCUAUGUUCUCCACGAUCAUGUUGACCGGUUUGCCAGAAGGAAACUACAGACAGGAGGAUGUCACCAAGCUGGUGUGGCGUUACUUCCCUGAUCAGACUGUUCAGACUCUGUACUACAACAUAAUCGUUUUAUCACUGCAGAGGAGGGCCUUUGUAUUUUUUAACAGCUGGGAUGCGUGCUGCGAUUUCGCCAGAGAUUACCUCAAAGAUCCAGUUACUGUUGGAGAGUGGACGCUCAAAAUCCACGUUGUUUUACAAGACAUGUGUCCUGGUUCAAGUGAGGAGAACAUGUACAGAAGCAUGAUGAAAUGGAGCAGCACUCAUGUUCCAGAGUCUGAGUCUCUGGAGGACCGGCUGCUGAGUGUGGAGGUCUCCGAGGUGAAUGUGGACCUUCUCAUGAUGAUAAUGGAAGUGGUGGCGUCCAUUGCUGCCUUUGUCAGAUUCUUGCCGCUCGCCAACAGGAUAUGCAUUGAGAUGGCUGAACCUGGUGGAUUAACACAGGUGAUGGAGAGCAAUGUCACCAAGGACUAUUUAUCUUCUUGGAGUAAAGUUGGACGUAUUGAGUCUUUGAAGAGCCUGAAACAGCGUCUGCAAGACUCGGGUGAGAACACAGUUAACCUCGAACUGGAAAGCGAGAAGGCCACAGAAUCGACCGUUGCCCCUCAGCCAAGUGAGGAAGGCCAGAAAGCAGCAGUGAAGGAAGAGGGGCCACCACAAACUUUGGUCACUGCUCCUGAUGCAAACGCCGCCCCUGCCGCUUCUAGCGAUGCUCCUUCGGCAACAAGCCCAGUCAAGUCUGAGGAAAAAGACUCAGAACUUCCUCACAUCAACGAGGACAUUUUCAUGGCCAUUACAGCUGCGGUUCGUGAGCAUAGACAGGGUCGAGGAAGCAGGGCACAGAGCAAAGAAAGAGAGAGCAAAAGCAGCAGCCCUAGUAGGGCACAGGAUGAAGACGCACCAAACGAAAAGGUUCAAGUUGAUAAUUUAGAGAAGAAAGUUUCUUCAGAGAGCCGCCCUUUUGGUGAGCCGGAUUUCAAUUUAGAGGACUUUGUCACUGUUGAUGAAAUUAACGAGGACGCAGCAGAUGCAGAUCCCAAUGAUGAAAGCGACUCUUCAACUAAGCCAAAGUCCACAGAGAAUAUGGAAAGGCAAAGCUCAGAUGCGUCUCCUGCUUCCAAACGAACCUCAGCAAGGUCCUCCAAAGACUCCAGCAGCUCAGCCUCUUCCUCAUUAGAGCCCACGGAAGCUUCUGAGAAAAGCAGUUCAACCUCCUCACCACGAAAAAGUAAAGACUCAUUUGAAUCCACCAAACCUGAAUCCUCUGUGAGUGUCAGUAAGCCUGUUUCCUUUUCUGGUGAGAAAACGCAGCCAAACAAAUCUCCAGACAAAUCGUCGCAUUCUUCGUCCUUGGGUUAUAGGACCCGUUCAUCGAAGAUGGCAUCAACCGCUGCUGCAGAGCUAAUGGAGGAGAGUACAGCAACAAAGUCUGUCCUCAAAGUGUCAGCAAAGGAAAAUCAAACUAAAAUGGAAACAUCAUCAGAGACACAGCCACCCGCAGAGGGAGAGGGAUUAGGGAUGAAGAGCCAAACACAGACUCUGGAGGCUGAAUGUAAGGAUGACGCAGACAAAGAGUCAAAGAAAAGCAAAGGAGAAGAUGAGGAAAAAGACAAUGCGGGGAAAUAUCCACAGGAGGAAGAUGAUGGUGAAAGUUACCAGAUCCUUGAUUCGAUCAAUGAGCCAACAGAUGAACAGAUAGAUGAAGACACAAACCAAGAGACUAAAACAGAGUCAUCAGGACCUGAGCAAACCCAGAGUUUGCAUGAGGGGGAUAGUCAGGUCUUGGACAGCAUUGAUGAUAAAGGCUCAGAGGAGUCCAGUAAAACUGAAACGGAUGCUUCUCUCUAUGUGAUAGACAGCGUUAGUGAAGACCAAGCCAGUACAGUCCAAGAGGACAGUCAUCUGGUCAAAGAUGAAGGUGCCACAGCAAAGCAGCUGUCUGAGGAAAAAAUUCAAGAUACCAAUGCUGAACCAGAUGCAGCUGAUAAAAAAGAAGGGUUGGAUCCAAGCAUGAACCAAACUCCAAGGUCCAGUGCAGAUGGAAAAGAAAUGAAUGAGGAGAUGCUCUCAGAAAAAUCAAACAAAGCUUCCAAAUCAUUUUGCCAAACUCCAAAUGAUGAAGAACAAGAAAACAAAGGCAGUUCAGCAGAUGUUACUAAACAUAAAGCCUCUGAGAAGUUAGAUUCAGUCAAUGAUCACACCAGAGGAGAAGAUGACGGGAAGGAACGUAAUACUCAGAGCCAGGAGGUAUCUAAAGCAGUCACUGAAGGAACUGAAGAAGAGGAAGAAGCUUACCAGAUAAUUGAUUCUGUGGAAGAAGAGCCAGCGACCACAGAGACCGAGGCAGAGGCUGAGAACAAAGAGGAAAAAACCAAGAAAGCCGCUGAAGUGGCUAAACGAGCUGAAAGACCAACAAGGAGGGGUGGACCAAGAACCAGAACAUCUAAAAGAGAGGAGAAAGAGACACAGGAGGAGAUGAUCUUUGAGGUAGUGGAUUGUGUUGAAGAUAAAUCUGUUCAACAUGUCUCCACCACAGAGAGGCCUGGUAGGAGGAGGUCGGCCAGAGGAAACAAAGAAGAUAAAAUGAUGCCAACUUCCACAGUUGCAUGUAUAAAACCCGUCAGGGAAGAGGAAUCUACGUCCGAGAUCCUAGACUCAGUGGAGGGUAAGGCUGCCAUGAACGAACAAACCAUCACAACAAGGUCAACCAGAGGAAGAAGAGAAACUAAAGAAGACGUCUCAAAAAAAGACAAGACACCAACGAGAAGGAGGCCGACACCUGCCAGAGAUUCUCAGGAACCAAAGAAGGAGGAACCUCUGCAGACUGAAGAGAAAGGCCCCAUGAAAGAGAGCACACCAACAAAGAAGAGCGAGGAGAAUGCCACCUAUACAAUAGUAGACCCAGUGCAGGAUGAAGUUAUUAAGGAUGAACGGGCCAAAACUCCGGAAAAAAGAAGAAGGGGAAGACCAAAGAAGGACACUAAAGUAACUAAAAAACAAGCUGCCUUAAAGAAUGCUGCAUCUAGUAAAGUGGCUGAUGAAGAGGAGGCCAUUUAUCAGAUUGUUGACUCGGUUGAGGAUGAGACGGCUGACAAUGAGCCUCUCAAAGACCAGAGUACAGAAGAGCCAACAGUGCCUAAAGACAAUAAAGACUCAGCAUCGCCAAAAAAUGCAGAUGAGGAGGAGGAAGAGCCGUUGUAUCAGAUUGUAGAUUCUCUAGAAGACGAUCAAGUCCGAGAAGACCCAACAAAUGCACAAACAUCAGACAGAGAGACAAAGGAGCGAGAGACACUCGGUAAAAAAGAAGACUCUCUCACAUGCGGCGCUAUGGCUGCGGAAGUGGUCGAUAAAGAGGAGUGUUUGGAUCACACUGCUGAGGUUAGUAAUGCUCUAUCUGCUGAAGACGAGUCUGGUACAGCAACAAAGGAAGAGAAGCCAAAAACAGAUACUAAAGAGGCCACUGGGUCCCAAAGUGAUGCUGCUGCAGUACCAGAAGAAAAGACAAAUCUGGAGGAAGACACCCAGGAGCUGGUUACUCUGGAUGAGGUGGGAGCAGAUGAUGCUGGGGAGGAAAGAGCAGCGGAGGGUCAGGACUGGAGCAGGGAGAUCAUCAAGGGAGAACCUGCAGAGCUCGUCACUCUGGAUGAGAUUGUUGAAAAUGAUGAGGAGGAGUGGGAAAGGACAGUGGAGCCCCGCCCACCAACACAGGAGAGCCAAUCAGUGGAGGCCGCAGACAUAGAGACUUUUGCGACAGCAGCUGAGGAAGUUGCAGAAGAGGAGGCAGAGAAGACAUCAGGAUCUGCUAAACGCAAACAUGAUGAAACAGAGGAGAGCGUCAACUUUGUGACGGUGGACGAGGUGGGAAAGACUGAGGAGAAGGAGGCGGUCAUUACCAGGACAAGAGGUCGACCCAGGAAGAGAACCAGGCAGACCCCCGUGAGAAAAUCUGCUAGAGGGAAACCAGAGAGGACAAAAGAUGAGACAGAAGAGGAGGAAAAAACAGAACCACUGCCUCCAGCUUCUGUUAAUCCCACUUUAUCACAGGACCGAGACUCAUCUGCGCCACCAGGUGACGGGCAGGCAGAGAGCCAGAGGACCGAGGAGGAAGCAGCGACCCAGCCCGAUGCUGCACCUGCCCCUGCUGGACCGCAGCCAGAGCCCAAGUGUCCUGAUAAGGAGACACAGGAGGGAGAGGAGAAGGAUGGAUGGAGCACGGCCGACAUUAAAGUUGUGGGUAAACGCAGGAGGGAGCUUGUCGGACCUGAGGCAAAGCGAUCUCGCUCUCAGUCUCCAUGUGUUGUAGCAGAUUUCAGACUGCCUCAGUUCAACCCUAAUAGCCCCCUUGGUCAGGAGUUUGUGGUCCCUAAAUCAGGAUUUUUCUGUAACAUCUGCUCUGUUUUCUACCUGAAUGAAAAGACCGCCAAGGAACUCCACUGCUGCAGCCAGAAACACUAUGACAACCUGCAGAAAUAUUAUGAGAAACGUCGACAGAGAGCUUCAAAAAUGUCAUCUCAGAUGUCUCAAGGCUCUGUUUCUGACUGAUGGACCUGAUCUAUUGAUUAUUUUAACAUAUCACUGUGGAGAACAAGCCAUGGUUAUUGAUCCUACUAGUUCAGAAACUAAACUAAUCGCCAUGUGGCACCUUUUGUUGUAAAUUAUGUCUUCAUUCAUGAAUUGUCUCCCAGCCUUUCAGUUAAUGCUUCUGUUUUUGUUUGUACAGGCCGAUGGAGAGCACAGUUUUAAUUUUCUGUUAUUAUUUUAUCUUUUAUGUGAAAAUAUUAUUGAAAAAUUGUCCCUAUUAAUUUAGUUAACAGGUCAUCAGGAGGUACCUGACAGGUGUUGAGAGUUUAUUAAAUCUUUUUCUUUUGCUUA